AUGUCUGCCACAGGUAACAAGGUCUCCACUAAGGCCGCCAGGCCAUUAGACCCCCGUGUGAGCCAGUGCUAUCAAGAAGCCAGCACUAGCCGGUGGGACUUGCGACCUCUCUUCCAAUCAUUCCUUGAAGACAGACCGACCGAUACCCUACUCGCCGUCCAAAAUCGAGAUCUUCUCAUUUCCUGGGACAUCAAAGCCAUCCACUACCUGAGACAAUGCCUGAGGGCGUGGGUCAUAAAUCGAGUCCCAGGCGAUGCAAUCGGCGCAUUCCUGGUGAUAGUCUUAUACGAACAAGAUUUCCACCUCGAUUACCGGCUGACUGCGUUGGUAAGAGACGGACAGACACAACUGCACAUCGCUCGUCGCAUAUUAGCAUUUUACCAACUCCGCGAUCUCCUCGGUGAUCCCAUCUGGGAUAACAUAGCAGUCUACCCGGAAGAAUAUGAUCCCAAAUCGCCCAGAUUGGGCGUAAGCAUUGCUGAAGAUACCGCCGCUGUCACGGAGGGCUUCCAGUGUCUGAUUUCCACACCGCAGCCUGCUGAUCCCAGAUGGCCGCACUUCCUGGGUUCGCUCAGCGACAAAGAAUUCGAAGAUCUCGUCAACCAAUUGGGAGAAAGUCAGUAUACCAAUGGGAAAAGUUCGCCUCCCUUGUUCACUGGCGCAGAUAAGCGAGAUCUUCCCAUCCUCCAAGCAUUCCGGAGAUUCACUAUCCACAAGGACGACCUCUGGGCGGAUCUUCCUCUGCUCCAAUAUGGGCCUGUUCAGGAUAGACAUACCCCGCAGACUGAUAGGUCACAGAAUAGCCCUCUUCCAGCCAAACCCCUGCUCCCGCUCCCUCCCAGCCCAUCGCUGUCGCCUCGGGUUUCUUCAUCUGCGCGUGUGUCGACCCGCAACGCAGAAAGAACGGCUAGGACCGAGUCAGUAGAUAGGGUGCACAGUAAGAUGGUUACUAUCCGAAAGAGUAAGAGUAAGACUGACCUGAAUUCCUCGUCUGGCGAAAAAUCCCCUAUUAAUGUCGACAAGCCACUUCCGCAUGUCCCAUACUAUGUGGUGACGGAUGAUGAUAUUCCUCCUGCUGUUCCUCGGCCUCUAAAGAAGACAGGAUGGGAAGACUUGCGCAAAACUCGAAAUCGUGAAGCUUCAAUAAUUGGAGCCAGUGGAUCUGGAGGUGGUGGAAAUCGUAAAGCUUCAAUAAUAGGUGGAUCUGAUGGUACAUACUAUACAUUCUUCUGA